GGAUGGAAGUAUGAUGUGAUGGAUAUAAUUAUGGGACACUGUGUGGGUAGACGGCCUUCUCCUCCUUGCCUCAUCUUCCUGCUUCUCAAGCUUUUGGCCACUGUCUCCCAGGGGUUGCCAGGGACUGGACCCCUGGGCUUCCACUUUACACAUUCCGUUUACAAUGCUACAGUGUAUGAGAACUCGGCAGCAAGGACCUACGUAAACAGCCAGAGUAGAAUGGGCAUCACCCUCAUCGAUCUAUCCUGGGAUAUCAAAUACAGAAUAGUGUCUGGAGAUGAGGAAGGGUUUUUUAAAGCAGAGGAAGUCAUCAUUGCAGAUUUCUGUUUUCUCAGAAUAAGAACUAAAGGUGGCAAUUCUGCCAUAUUGAACAGAGAAAUUCAGGACAAUUAUUUAUUGAUAAUAAAAGGAUCUGUCAGGGGAGAAGAUUUGGAAGCAUGGACCAAAGUGAACAUACAGGUCUUAGAUAUGAAUGAUCUGAGACCUCUGUUUUCACCUACGACCUACUCUGUUACCAUAGCAGAGAGCACACCACUGAGGACUAGUGUGGCCCAAGUGACAGCCACAGAUGCUGAUAUCGGGUCCAAUGGAGAAUUCUAUUACUACUUUAAAAACAAAGUAGAGCUCUUCUCCGUUCACCCCACAAGUGGAGUCAUCUCUUUAAGUGGGCGAUUAAACUACGAUGAGAAGAGUAGGUAUGAUCUGGAAAUCUUGGCUGUCGACCGUGGCAUGAAACUCUAUGGAAACAAUGGAGUGAGCAGUACUGCAAAGCUGUAUGUUCACAUUGAACGCAUAAAUGAACAUGCUCCAACAAUCCACGUGGUAACUCACAUUCCUUUCUCCUUGGACAAAGAGCCGACAUAUGCAGUGGUGACUGUUGAUGACAUGGAUGAGGGAGCCAAUGGAGAGAUUGAGUCUGUCUCUAUUGUGGCGGGUGAUCCUUUAGACCAAUUCUUCCUGGCUAAGGAAGGAAAAUGGAUGAAUGAGUUUAAGAUUAAGGAGAGGAAGCAGGUUGACUGGGAGAGUGUUUUCUAUGGUUACAAUCUCACUCUUCAAGCGAAAGACAAAGGCUCGCCUCAAAAACUUUCAGCAUUAAAGAUGGUCCAUAUUGCCAAUCCCAAAAGAGACACCGUACCAGUUAAAUUUGAAAAAGAGGAGUAUGAUGUGAGCAUAAGUGAGUUCUCCCCUCCAGGGGUUAUGGUUGCUAUAGUAAAACUAAGUCCUGAGCCUCUACAUGUGGAAUACAAAUUGUCUCCUGGUGAGGAUGCGGAGUACUUCAGAAUUAAUCCUCGAUCAGGGCUGAUUGUCACAGCACUACCGCUGAAUACUGUGAAGAAGGAAGUCUACAAAUUGGAGGUGACAAACAAGGAAGGAGAUUUGAAAGCACAAGUCACUAUUGGCAUUGAAGAUGCAAAUGACCAUACUCCAGAAUUUCAGCAGCCACUGUACGAUGCUUUUAUAAACGAAAGUGUUCCUGUGGGAACCAGUGUCCUAAUGGUUUCAGCUUAUGAUAAAGAUAAAGGAGAAAAUGGAUACAUCACCUACAGUAUUGCCAGCCUGAAUUUAUUACCCUUUGCCAUUAACCAGUUUACAGGUGUUAUUAGCACAACUGAAGAAUUAGAUUUUGAAUCCUCUCCAGAAAUAUACAGAUUUAUUGUUAGAGCUUCUGACUGGGGAUCCCCAUACCGCCAUGAAAGUGAGGUCAAUGUCACUAUUCGAAUAGGGAACGUCAAUGACAAUAUCCCUCUCUUUGAAAAAGUGGCUUGCCAAGGAGUUAUUUCCUAUGAUUUUCCAGUUGGGGGUCACAUCACAGCUGUCUCAGCGAUCGAUAUUGAUGAACUUGAACUUGUAAAGUACAAAAUCAUUUCUGGAAAUGAACUUGGAUUCUUUUAUUUAAACCCAGACUCGGGUGUUUUGCAGCUUAAAAAGUCACUCAUGAAUUCCGGCAUUAAAAAUAGUAAUUUUGCCCUGAGAAUUACAGCAACAGAUGGAGAAAAUUUUGCAGACCCCAUGGCUAUUAACAUUUCAAUUCUUCAUGGGAAGGUGUCUUCAAAGAGCUUCAGUUGCAGAGAAACUCGGGUAGCUCAAAAGCUGGCAGAAAAACUACUCAUUAAGGCAAAAGCAAAUGGGAAACUGAAUCUAGAAGAUGGAUUUCUCGACUUUUAUUCUGUUAACAGGCAAGGACCACAUUUUGACAAGUCUUUUCCUUCUGAUGUGGCUGUGAAGGAGGAUAUGCCAGUGGGAACGAACAUCCUGAAGAUUAAAGCCUAUGAUGCUGACUCUGGCUUCAAUGGAAAGGUGCUAUUUACAAUCUCUGAUGGAAAUACAGACAGUUGCUUUAACAUUGAUUUGGAGACUGGGCAACUUAAAGUCCUCAUGCCUAUGGAUCGAGAGCACACAGACCUCUAUCUCCUUAAUAUCACCAUCUAUGAUCUAGGGAAGCCACAAAAAUCAUCAUGGAGGUUGUUGACCAUCAAUGUGGAGGAUGCAAAUGACAAUAGCCCAGUUUUUCUUCAAGACAGUUAUUCCAUUAACAUUCUGGAAAGUUCAAGCAUUGGCACUGAGAUUAUUCAAGUGGAAGCCAGAGACAAAGACUUGGGGUCGAAUGGGGAAGUGACUUACUCAGUCUUGACUGAUACACAGCAGUUUGCCAUUAACAGUUCAACUGGAAUCAUUUAUGUAGCUGACCAAUUGGAUCGGGAAUCCAAAGCAAACUAUUCUUUGAAAAUAGAAGCCAGAGACAAGGCAGAAAGUGGUCAACAGCUUUUUUCAGUUGUUACUCUCAAGGUUUUUUUGGAUGAUGUCAAUGACUGCUCUCCAACUUUUAUUCCCAGUAGCUAUAGUGUGAAGGUCCUUGAAGAUCUCCCCAUUGGCACUGUCAUUGCUUGGUUGGAAACUCAUGAUCCAGACCUUGGAUUGGGGGGUCAAGUGCGCUACUCCUUGGUCAAUGACUAUAAUGGGAGAUUUGAAAUAGAUAAAUCAAGUGGUGCCAUCCGCUUGAGCAAAGAAUUAGACUAUGAAAAACAGCAGUUCUAUAACCUCACAGUUCGGGCCAAAGACAAAGGACGGCCUGUCUCUCUCUCAUCUGUUUCCUUUGUUGAGGUGGAAGUGGUGGAUGUCAAUGAAAAUCUCCACACUCCGUAUUUCCCAGACUUUGCUGUCAUUGGAUCUGUAAAGGAAAACUCACGUAUUGGAACAAGUGUGCUGCAGGUGACUGCCCGAGAUGAAGACUCCGGGAGGGAUGGAGAGAUCCAGUACUCCAUCAGGGAUGGCAGCGGUCUGGGAAGGUUCAAUAUCGAUGAUGAAAGUGGGGUCAUCACUGCUGCAGACAUUCUUGAUCGAGAGACAACGGGGUCGUACUGGCUGACAGUGUAUGCCACAGACCGAGGCGUGGUUCCACUCUAUUCUACCAUUGAGGUCUACAUCGAAGUGGAAGACAUGAAUGACAACGCCCCGCUGACCUCAGAACCUAUUUAUUAUCCUGUUGUCAUGGAAAAUUCUCCCAAGGAUGUAUCUGUCAUUCAGAUCCAGGCUGAAGAUCCAGACUCCAGUUCCAAUGAAAAACUGACAUACCGGAUUACAAGUGGGAACCCUCAGAAUUUUUUUGCCAUCAAUAUCAAAACAGGUCUCAUUACAACAACUUCAAGGAAAUUGGACCGAGAGCAGCAGGCAGAACAUUUUCUGGAGGUGACAGUAAUGGAUGGCGGUCCCUCUCCCAAGCAGUCAACAAUUUGGGUGGUGGUUCAGAUUCUGGAUGAAAAUGACAACAAGCCUCAGUUCCCAGAGAAGGUCUACCAGAUCAAGCUGCCAGAACGUGACCGAAAAAAGAGAGGAGAACCAAUUUAUAGGGCAUUUGCCUUUGAUAGAGAUGAAGGCCCCAACGCAGAAAUCUCCUACAGUAUUGUGGAUGGCAAUGAUGACGGGAAGUUCUUUAUUGACCCUAAAACAGGCAUGGUUUCCUCCAGAAAGCAGUUCACAGCAGGGAGUUAUGACAUCCUAACGAUUAAGGCUGUGGACAAUGGGCGCCCGCAGAAAUCCUCCACAGCUCGCCUCCACAUUGAAUGGAUUAAGAAACCACCUCCCUCACCCAUCCCAUUGACCUUCGAUGAGCCAUUUUAUAACUUCACAAUCAUGGAGAGUGACAGAGUAACCGAAAUUGUGGGGGUGGUGUCCGUGCAACCUGCUAACACCCCACUGUGGUUUGACAUAGUUGGGGGGAAUUUUGACAGCUCUUUUGACGCAGAGAAAGGUGUCGGGACGAUUGUCAUUGCCAAGCCUUUGGAUGCAGAGCAGAGAUCUCUCUAUAACAUGACCGUGGAAGUCACCGAUGGAACAAACGUUGCUGUCACUCAGGUUUUUAUCAAAGUGCUGGAUAAUAAUGAUAAUGGCCCAGAAUUCUCUCAGCCACAUUACGAUGUAACAAUUUCAGAGGAUGUGCUACCAGAUACAGAGAUAUUGCAGAUCGAAGCCACAGAUAGAGAUGAGAAGCACAAGCUGAGCUACACUGUCCACAGUAGCAUCGACUCCAUCAGCAUGAGAAAAUUCCGCAUUGACCCUAGCACUGGUGUGCUGUACACUGCCGAGAGACUGGACCACGAGGCCCAAGACAAACACAUCCUCAACAUCAUGGUCAGAGAUCAGGAGUUUCCUUAUCGAAGAAACUUGGCUCGAGUCAUUGUGAACGUGGAAGAUGCUAAUGAUCACAGUCCUUAUUUUACCAACCCACUGUAUGAAGCAUCUGUGUUUGAAUCUGCUGCUCUGGGAUCAGCUGUUCUGCAAGUGACCGCUCUGGACAAAGACAAAGGGGAAAAUGCAGAACUCAUAUAUACCAUAGAAUCAGGGAACACUGGGAACACGUUUAAGAUUGAACCAGUUCUGGGCAUCAUCACUGUUUCGAAGGAACCAGACAUGACAACCACAGGCCAAUUUGUUCUGUCAGUCAAAGUCACAGACCAAGGCUCCCCGCCAAUGUCUGCCACUGCAAUUGUGCGUAUUUCAGUCACGAUAUCCGAUAACUCUCACCCCAAAUUUACUCACAAAGACUACCAAGCUGAAGUAAAUGAAAAUGUUGAUAUUGGAACAUCAGUCAUCCUAAUCUCUGCCAUUAGUCAAUCUACCCUUGUUUAUGAAGUCAAAGAUGGAAACACUGAUGGGAUCUUUGCGAUAAAUCCAUAUUCUGGAGUCAUCACCACUCAGAGGGCUCCAGAUUACGAGCACACUUCCUCUUACCAACUCAUCAUUCAGGCCACCAACAUGGCGGGAAUGGCUUCCAACGCCACAGUCAGUAUCCAGAUUGUUGAUGAAAAUGAUAACGCCCCGGUGUUUCUCUUUUCUGAAUACUCAGGCAGUCUAAGUGAGGCUGCCCCUGUCAAUAGCAUUGUCAGGAACCUGGAUAACAGCCCGCUGGUGAUCCGAGCCACAGAUGCUGACAGUAACCGGAAUGCUUUGCUCGUUUAUCAAAUUGUGGAGUCUACAGCCAAGAAGUUUUUCACGGUGGACUCCAGUACAGGUGCAAUCAGAACAAUUGCCAACCUGGAUCAUGAAACCAUCUCCCAUUUUCAUUUUCAUGUGCAUGUGAGAGAUAGUGGUAGCCCCCAGUUGACAGCAGAGAGUCCUGUUGAAGUCAACAUUGAGGUGACAGAUGUGAAUGAUAAUCCACCUGUAUUUACCCAGGCUGUGUUUGAGACUAUCUUACUUCUCCCUACCUAUGUUGGAGUGGAGGUUCUGAAGGUUAGUGCCACAGACCCUGACUCUGAGGUGCCCCCUGAACUGACAUACAGCCUAAUGGAGGGCAGCCUUGAUUACUUUUUAAUUGACUCAAGUAGUGGAGUGCUCACCAUAAAAAACAAUAAUCUCUCCAAAGAUCACUAUGUUUUGAUAGUUAAAGUUUCUGAUGGGAAGUUCUAUAGUACAUGCAUGGUGAAUAUAAUGGUAAAAGAAGCCAUGGACAGUGGUCUCCAAUUUACACAAAGCUUUUAUUCCACCUCAAUCUCAGAGAACAACACUAAUAUAACCAAAGUUGCUAUUGUCAAUGCAGUUGGAAAUCGCCUUAAUGAGCCCUUAAAAUAUAGCAUCUUAAACCCAGGAAAUAAGUUCAAGAUAAAAUCUACCUCAGGAGUCAUUCAAACUACUGGAGUCCCCUUUGACCGUGAGGAACAAGAACUGUAUGAGUUGGUGGUGGAAGCCAGCCGUGAGCUGGACCUUCUGCGUGUGGCUAGAGUGGUGGUCAGGGUUAACAUUGAAGACAUAAAUGACAAUUCUCCAGUUUUUGUGGGCCUCCCUUACUAUGCUGCUGUGCAAGUGGAUGCUGAGCCAGGGACUCUGAUUUACCGAGUGACAGCCAUUGACAAAGAUAAAGGUGCAAAUGGAGAAGUGACCUAUGUCCUGCAGGAUGACUAUGGCCACUUUGAAAUUAAUCCUGUUUCAGGGAAUGUUGUUUUGAAAGAGGCAUUCAACUCUGACUUGUCUAACAUUGAAUAUGGAGUCACCAUCCUAGCCAAAGAUGGUGGCAAGCCUUCUUUGUCCACAUCUGUGGAACUUCCCAUCACUAUUGUCAACAAAGCAAUGCCUGUGUUUGAUAAGCCAUUUUAUACAGCUUCCGUAAAUGAAGAUGUCACAAUGGACACCCCCAUUCUAAGCAUUAAUGCCACCAGUCCGGAAGGCCAAGGCAUCAUAUAUAUCAUCAUUGAUGGAGAUCCUCUGAAACAAUUUAACAUUGACUUUGACACUGGGGUCCUGAAAGUUGUCAGCCCUUUGGAUUAUGAGGUUACACCUGCUUACAAGUUAACUAUAAGAGCCAGUGAUGCCUUGACUGGUGCCAGGGCUGAAGUCACUGUAGACUUGCUAGUUAAUGAUGUAAAUGACAACCCCCCUGUUUUUGACCAGCCCACAUACAAUACAACUUUAUCUGAAGCAUCUCUCAUUGGCACACCUGUUCUACAAGUUGUCUCCACUGAUGCAGACUCAGAAAACAAUAAGAUGGUACAUUAUCAAAUUGUUCAGGAUACCUACAACAGCACAGAUUAUUUUCACAUAGACAGUGCAAGUGGCUUAAUCCUGACAGCACGCAUGCUGGACCAUGAGCUGGUACAGCAUUGCACAUUGAAAGUCAAAGCGACAGAUAAUGGUUUCCCAUCACUGACCAGUGAGGUGCUGGUUCAUAUCCACAUUUCUGACAUAAAUGACAAUCCUCCAGUUUUUAAUCAACUUAUAUAUGAAUCAUAUGUAAGUGAAUUAGCUCCCCGGGGCCAUUUUGUAACCUGUGUCCAAGCCUCUGAUGCAGAUAGCUCUGACAUUGACCGGUUGGAGUAUAGCAUCUUAUCUGGGAAUGACCGGACAAGCUUUUUGAUGGACAGCAAGAGUGGAAUCAUCACACUGUCCAACCACCGGAAACAGCGGAUGGAGCCUCUGUACAGCCUCAAUGUCUCUGUCUCUGAUGGGCUCUUCACCAGUACUGCACAGGUGCACAUCAGGGUGCUUGGGGCUAACUUGUACAGUCCUGCCUUUUCACAAAGCACAUAUGUAGCAGAGGUGAGAGAGAAUGCAGCUGCUGGAACAAAGGUAAUUCACGUUCGAGCCACAGAUGGAGAUCCAGGGACAUACGGGCAAAUCAGCUACUCCAUCAUCAAUGACUUUGCCAAGGAUCGGUUUCUCAUUGACAGCAAUGGGCAAGUAAUCACAACAGAAAGACUAGACCGAGAAAACCCUUUGGAAGGGGAUAUUACUAUUUUUUUGAGGGCCCUUGAUGGUGGAGGGAGAACAACUUUCUGCACUGUGAGGGUGAUUGUUGUGGAUGAAAAUGACAAUGCUCCUCAAUUCAUGACAGUAGAAUAUAGAGCCAGUGUCAGGGCAGAUGUUGGAAGGGGCCACUUGGUCACUCAGGUUCAAGCUGUGGAUCCAGAUGAUGGAGUAAAUUCCAGGAUUACAUAUUCCCUCUAUAGUGAGGCCUCGGUCUCUGUGGCUGACCUCCUAGAAAUUGAUCCUGACAAUGGAUGGAUGGUUACAAAAGGCAAUUUUAACCAGCUGAAAAAUACAGUAUUGUCAUUCUUUGUCAAAGCCGUGGAUGGGGGCAUUCCAGUGAAGCACUCCCUCAUUCCUGUCUAUAUCCACGUCUUACCGCCUGAAAUACUCUUGCCAUCAUUCACUCAGUCUCAGUAUUCCUUCACUGUUGCUGAAGAUACAGCCAUUGGAAGUACAGUUGAUGCCCUGAGAAUUUUGCCUAAUCAGAAUGUCCGGUUCAGCACAGUUAAUGGGGAACGGCCAGAAAAUAACAAAGGUGGUGUUUUCAUCAUAGAACAAGAAACAGGCAUUAUCAAGCUUGAUAAGCGCCUUGACCAUGAAAGCAGCCCAGCUUUCCAGUUUAAAGUAGCGGCCACAAUACCCCUGGAUAAGGUAGACAUCGUGUUCACUGUGGAUGUAGAUAUUAAGAUACUGGAUUUAAAUGACAACAAGCCAGUUUUUGAAACUUCAAACUAUGAGACCAUCAUAAUGGAAGGAAUGCCAGUUGGCACCAAACUCACACAGGUGAAAGCUAUCGAUAUGGACUGGGGAGCCAAUGGGCAGGUCACCUACUCUCUGCAUUCGGAUUCCCAGCCUGAAAAGGUAAUGGAAGCAUUCAGUAUUGACAGCAACACCGGUUGGAUCAGUACCUUGAAGGACCUGGACCAUGAGACAGAUCCCACGUUCGCCUUCUCUGUGGUGGCCUCUGACCUUGGAGAGGCAUUCUCUCUUUCUUCCACGACUUUGGUCUCUGUAAAGGUGACAGAUAUAAAUGACAAUGCACCAGUCUUUGCACACGAGGUGUACCGAGGCACUGUGAAGGAGAGUGACCCGCCAGGCGAGGUGGUAGCCGUCCUCAGCACCUGGGACAGAGACACAUCUGACAUGAAUCGGCAAGUGAGCUACCAUAUUACAGGAGGAAAUCCCCGAGGAAGGUUUGCCCUGGGCCUGGUGCAGAGUGAGUGGAAGGUCUAUGUGAAGAGACCUCUAGAUAGAGAAGAACAAGACAUUUACUUCCUCAACAUCACAGCCACUGAUGGGCUCUUUGUCACACAAGCCACAGUGGAAGUGACUGUCAGUGAUGUCAAUGACAAUAGUCCAGUGUGCGAUCAGGUUGUAUAUACAGCAUCAUUUCCUGAAGACAUUCCAUCAAAUAAAAUCAUCCUGAAGGUCAGUGCCAAGGAUGCUGAUAUUGGAUCCAAUGGAGACAUACGAUACUCGCUCUAUGGAUCUGGAAACAGUGAAUUUUUUCUAGAUCCCGAAAGUGGUGAGUUGAAAACCUUGGCUCUCUUGGACCGGGAGAGGGUCCCUGUGUACACUUUGAUUGCCAGGGCCACUGAUGGGGGUGGCAGAUUCUGCCAGGCUGAUGUGAGACUGACCCUGGAGGACGUGAAUGACAACCCACCUGUGUUUUCUUCGGAGCACUACAAUGCCUGUGUGUACGAGAACACGGCCACCAAGGCUCUGUUGACCAGGGUUCAAGCUGUGGACCCUGAUGUUGGCAUCAACAGGAAGGUUGUGUACUCCCUGGCAGACUCCGCUGAUGGGUUCUUCUCCAUUGAUAGCAUGUCUGGCAUCAUUAUCCUGGAGCAACCGUUGGACCGAGAGCAGCAGUCAUCCUACAACAUCACUGUGCGGGCCACUGACCAGAGUCCAGGACAGUCCAUGUCCUCUCUCGCCACAGUCACCAUCACCGUGCUGGACAUCAAUGACAAUCCACCUGUGUUUGAGAGAAGGGACUACUUGGUAACAGUGCCUGAGGACACAUCCCCUGGCACCCAAGUCCUUGCCGUUUUUGCCACCAGCAAAGAUAUUGGCACAAAUGCUGAGAUAACAUAUCUCAUUCGUUCUGGGAAUGAACAAGGGAAAUUUAGGAUUAACCCAAAGACAGGGAGUAUUUCUGUCUCUGAUGUCCUAGACUAUGAAUUAUGUAAAAGGUUUUACCUUGUGGUGGAAGCCAAAGAUGGAGGCACCCCAGCUCUCAGUGCUGCAACCACGGUCAGCAUCAACCUCACGGAUGUGAAUGACAAUGCUCCCCAGUUCAGCCAAGAUGUCUAUAGUGCUGUCAUCAGUGAAGAUGCUUCAGUGGGGGACUCCGUCAUCUUGCUAAUAGCAGAAGAUAUAGACAGCCAGCCCAAUGGACAGAUUCAUUUUUCCAUCGUGAAUGGAGAUCGGGAUAAUGAAUUUGCUGUAGAUCCUGUGUUGGGACUUGUGAAAGUUAAGAAGAAGCUGGACAGAGAACGGGUGUCUGGAUACUCCCUGCUGGUCCAGGCAGCAGACAGUGGUAUUCCUGCAAUGUCAUCAACUGCAACUGUCAACAUUGAUAUUUCUGACGUGAAUGACAACAGCCCAGUGUUUACACCUGCUAACUACACUGCUGUGAUUCAGGAAAACAGGCCGGUGGGCACCAGCAUCUUGCAGCUGGUGGUGACAGACAGAGAUUCCUUUCAUAACGGGCCUCCCUUCUCCUUCUCUAUUUUGUCGGGAAAUGAAGAGGAGGAGUUUGUGUUGGACCCUCAUGGGGUCCUACGGUCAGCAGUGGUCUUCCAGCACACGGAGUCUCCGGAAUACAUACUGUGUGUCCAGGCAAAAGACGCAGGCAGGCCUCAGCAAGUUUCUCACUCCUACGUCCGCGUGCGGGUCAUUGAGGAAAGCAUCCACAAGCCCACAGCAAUCCCCUUGGAAAUUUUCAUUGUCACCAUGGAGGAUGACUUUCCCGGUGGGGUCAUUGGGAAGAUCCAUGCCACGGAUCAAGACAUGUAUGACGUGCUCACAUUUGCCCUGAAAUCAGAGCAGAAAAGCUUGUUCAAAGUCAACAGUCACGAUGGAAAGAUCAUUGCUCUGGGAGGCCUCGACAGUGGCAAGUACGUGCUCAAUGUGUCUGUGAGUGAUGGCCGCUUUCAGGUGCCCAUCGACGUGGUUGUGCACGUGGAACAGCUGGCGCACGAGAUGCUACAGAACACCGUCACCAUCCGCUUUGAGAACGUGUCCCCUGAGGACUUCGUGGGGCUUCACAUGCAUGGGUUUCGACGUACCCUGCGCAAUGCAGUGCUCACCCAGAAGCAGGACAGCCUGCGCAUCAUCAGCAUCCAGCCUGUGGUGGGCACCAACCAGCUGGACAUGCUGUUUGCAGUGGAGAUGCACAGCAGUGAGUUCUAUAAGCCAGCCUAUUUGAUCCAGAAGCUGUCGAAUGCCAGGAGACACCUGGAAAAUGUCAUGCGCAUCUCGGCCAUCCUGGAGAAGAACUGCUCAGGGCUUGAUUGUCAGGAACAGCACUGUGAGCAGGGCUUGUCCCUGGAUUCCCACGCACUCAUGACCUACAGCACGGCUCGCUUCAGCUUUGUGUGUCCACGUUUCUACAGGAAUGUGCGCUGCACUUGUAAUGGAGGACUGUGCCCGGGGUCCAACGAUCCUUGCCUGGAUAAGCCGUGUCCGGGGGACAUGCAGUGUGUCGGUUACGAAGCCAGCAGGAGACCCUUCCUUUGCCAGUGCCCACCAGGGAAGCUUGGAGAGUGCUCAGGGCACACUUCUCUCAGCUUUGCUGGAAACAGUUACAUCAAAUACCGGCUUUCUGAAAAUAGUAAAGAAGAAGACUUUAAGCUAGCGCUGCGUCUGCGAACCCUGCAAAGCAACGGGAUUAUCAUGUACACCAGAGCAAAUCCCUGCAUAAUUCUAAAGAUUGUGGAUGGCAAGCUGUGGUUCCAGCUGGACUGUGGCAGUGGCCCAGGCAUCUUGGGCGUCUCAGGCCGCGCUGUCAACGACGGCAGCUGGCAUUCCGUAUUCCUGGAGCUCAACCGCAAUUUUACCAGCCUGUCCCUGGACGACAGCUAUGUGGAGCGGCGCAGGGCACCCCUCUACUUCCAGACACUGAGCACUGAGAGCACCAUCUACUUUGGUGCCCUGGUGCAGGCGGACAACAUCCGCAGCCUGACGGACACGCGGGUCACCCAGGUGCUCAGCGGCUUCCAGGGCUGCCUGGACUCAGUGGUGCUGAAUAAUAACGAGCUACCGCUGCAGAACAAACGCAGCAGCUUCGCAGAAGUGGUGGGUCUGACCGAGCUGAAGCUGGGCUGCGUGCUCUACCCAGAUGCCUGUGAGCGCAGUCCGUGCCAGCAUGGGGGCACCUGCGCAAGCCUGCCCUCUGGUGGCUAUCAGUGUUCCUGUCUCUCUCAGUUCACGGGGAGAAACUGUGAAUCUGAGAUUACAGCCUGCUUCCCAAACCCCUGCCGGAACGGGGGGUCCUGCGACCCAAUAGGCAACACUUUCAUCUGCAGUUGUAAAGCUGGCCUCACUGGAGUCACGUGCGAGGAAGACAUCAAUGAGUGUGAACGGGAGGAGUGCGAGAACGGCGGCGCUUGUGUCAACAUGUUUGGCUCCUUCCUGUGCAACUGCACGCCGGGCUACGUGGGCCAGUACUGUGCGCUGCGCCCCGUGGUGGUACCCAACAUCCAGGCUGGCCACUCCUACGUGGGUAAGGAGGAGCUCAUUGGCAUCGCUGUGGUGCUCUUUGUCAUCUUCACCCUUGUUGUGCUCUUCAUCGUCUUCCGCAAGAAGGUUUUCCGCAAGAACUAUUCACGCAACAACAUCACGCUGGUGCAGGACCCUGCAACAGCCGCACUGCUCAACAAGAGCAAUGGCAUCCCCUUCCGCAGCCUGCGUGGUAGUGGCGGCGAUGGCCGCAACGUCUACCAGGAGGUGGGUCCACCGCAGGUCCCAGUGCGCCCCAUGGCCUACACCCCUUGCUUCCAGAGUGACUCCAGGAGCAACCUGGACAAGAUCGUGGACGGGCUGAGUGGCGAGCACCAAGAGAUGACCACCUUCCACCCUGAAUCCCCCCGCAUCCUCACAGCCAGACGUGGAGUGGUGGUGUGCAGUGUGGCGCCCAAUCUGCCGGCUGUGUCUCCCUGCCGCUCGGACUGUGACUCGCUGCGGAAGAACGGCUGGGACUCGGGGACAGAGAACAAAGGAGUUGAUGACCCAGGAGACGUGACCUGCUUUGCAGGCAGCAAUAAAGGCAGCAACUCUGAAGUGCAGUCCCUGAGCUCCUACCAGUCGGAUUCGGGCGAUGACAAUGCCUCCAUAGUGACUGUCAUUCAGCUUGUCAACAAUGUAGUUGACACUAUUGAAAAUGAAGUGUCGGUCAUGGACCAAGGACAGAACUACAACCGAGCCUAUCACUGGGACACCUCUGAUUGGAUGCCAGGAGCCCGCCUUUCAGACAUAGAGGAAGUGCCCAGCUACGAGAACCAGGAUGGAGGAUCUGCACAGCAGGGUAGCACGCGGGAGUUGGAGAGUGAUUACUACCUGGGCGGCUAUGACAUCGACAGUGAAUACCCUCCUCCUCACGAAGAGGAGUUCAUGAGUCAGGACCAGCUGCCUCCUCCCCUGCCAGCAGAUUUCCCAGACCAGUACGAGGCCCUGCCACCUUCCCAGCCGGUCUCACUGGCUAGCACAUUGAGCCCAGACUGCAGGAGGCGGCCCCAGUUCCAUCCUAGCCAGUACCUGCCUCCUCACCCAUUUCCCAAUGAAACAGAGUUGGUGGGCCCACCUGCCAGCUGCGAAUUCAGUACUUUUGCCAUGAGCAUGAACCAGGGCCCAGAGGCCACAGGCCCAGCAGACAGUGUAUCUCUGUCCUUGCACAAUUCCAGAGGCACCUCAUCCUCAGAAGGGUCGGCCAACUGUGGCUUUGAUGAUUCUGAAGUAGCCAUGAGUGACUACGAGAGUGUGGGAGAGCUCAGCCUCGCCAGCCUUCACAUUCCCUUUGUGGAGACUCAGCACCAGACCCAAGUGUAGAAGACCUAUUCCUGGUGCUUUGCCCUGUGGGUUAUGGCAGAGCAGAGGAGACUGGCUAGCCUUGGGUCUCGAUGGAGAGUAGCCUGUGCAACAAGGAAGAAAUGUGAAGAAAUUUCUCAUUGGAAAGUCUCUGAAGUCGUACUGUCACAAGCAAGCUUGAUUCCAGUUAGGUGGGAAGGGGUGGGGGAAAUAGGCUCAGAAAUUGUUUCUGAGAGGCACCUAGCAAUCCUGGCUGCAGUUGGCUGGUUUGAGGGUUUAAGACUGUUGCACCUGCUAAGUUCUUCCCUCGAGGCUUGGUGCAGUAUUGUGCCCUGGAGAGCAUUACUGCCUCAGUUGUUUUUGCAGUAUUAACAAGCAGCAACAACCAGUGGCGUUGUUGCAUGUAACUUUGAGCCAUUGAAAUGAAUAGCAAUGAGUGGUAGAGAAAUGAGUCCCUUAGAUGAAAGACACGAGAAACAAUUAUUUGACAAACAAGAAAAAUGGGCUGAAGCCUUUAAAAUCAACUUUUCUUUCUAAGCUGCCCAAUUUUCAGCUAUAAAAUUUGUUUAACUUGUUUAGUAUGCUCAGUUAUUUUUGUUUGUGUUAAGCAUCCUCUAUGAUAGAGAUAAGGUUUAUGAGGCAGAUCUCAGUGAAGAGCAAGCUGAGGGUACUGGGACUUUGCUCUGUGUGUUGACAAGAAGGCUAAUGUUGUUCAACAUUACCAAGAUUGUGAUUACCUGGUUUUGUGCUUUCUGGCAAAUAUCCUUGGCCAACACCACAAUUUUGAUAUAGCCGAAGAAACUGGCUCUUUGUUCCCUAGGGUAAGAGACGUUGAAAAGUUGAAGCAGAAUUCACAAAUUCGGGGGUCAGAAAACCUGAUGUUUUCAAAGUUUUCAGACUAGAUAAUCACAGUUCUUGAUAAUGAAGAUAAAAUGCACAUGUUCAUUGUCCCUGUAAAGUUACAUUUAAAGAAAAGUAGAUUAGUUAUUGUGUAUAAAUUAUACUAGUGUCUGUCUGGGUGUAUGUACAGAUUUUGUGCUUGCACUCAUAAGGCUGCUCUGAGGAAAGCAAACAUGAAGGUUUUAGGAAAUGGACCAUGUUGACAACCCUGCUAGGGGAGGAUGGCCUCCCGAUGUACCUGAUCUACGAUGUUAGAGAAAUACCAAAUGCCAUGUUUUGCUCCAAUUCAGUUAACUUUGUUUUGGAACUGCCAUU